CGAUAACAAAAACAAUCACAGAGAGAAAAACAAUGGCUUGUAUUCACAUCGAAUCAUCACAUCCAUGGAAGACACACUCUGUCCAAGUGAAGAAACCAACAAAUGUUGAUGUUACAUCGAACACAGUCUUACCAGAACACCACCACGACGGUGGGGACGGAGGAAUCCAAGAAACGUGGGCUGCGAUCGGAAAAUCCGGCGGCGGAGGAGGAGGCUAUUUCGCCGGCGAGAGUAGGAAUAAGAAGCUGGAGAAGAAGAAGAGCCAAGUGUUGCUUGAGGGAUACGCGUUGGAUGAUAAAGAUGAUUUGACGAGAGCCAAGAGUUUAACGGAUGAUGAUCUUGAGGAGCUUAAAGGUUGUUUAGAUCUAGGGUUUGGUUUUAGCUACGAUGAGAUCCCUGAGCUUUGCAACACUUUGCCUGCGUUAGAGCUUUGUUACUCCAUGAGCCAGAAGUUCUUAGAUGAUAAGCAACAAAAUCACCACAAGUCCCCGGAGAUGUCUUCGGGAGAGGAUUCGCCUCCACCACCGACCACGACCGCUCCAAUUGCAAAUUGGAAGAUCUCUAGCCCUGGUGAUGAUCCAGAUGAUGUAAAAGCUAGACUCAAAUAUUGGGCACAAACUGUUGCUUGCACCGUACGAUUGUGCAGCUGAACAAGAACCGAUCUUCGUGUAUUCGUGUUUGUGGUUGAACCAGAAAAAGACCUUUUUUGCAAGAAUGAAGUCUCUGCCAUUGUUAGCUGAGAAUAGACCUGCAAAUGGGUCUGUUGAUGAACUGGUUUGGCUUUUACUUUAGCAUGCUAUGUAUGUUAUGUGUUUUAGUAGUAUUCUUUGUCUUUAUGAUUAUAACGAUUUGGAAAUAAAUGUGUCAAGUGAAU